CUCAGCUCUGAGCUGGAGUUGCUCCGCAGCAGUUUCUCAUCCUUUACUCCCAUCACAGCUCACAUCCUCUGACCAAAGGCUUUGAAGCAGGCUGGAUUUCAGGCUGGAUUUUCAGGCUGGGUUUUCAGGCUGGAUUUCAAGGCUGAUUUUCAGGCUGGGUUUUGAGGUAGGAUUUUCAGGCUGGAUUUUGAGGCUGAUUUUGAAGCUGGAUUUCAGACUGGAUUUUGAGGUUGGAUUUUGAGGCUGGAUUUUGAGGCUGAUUUUCAGGCUAGACUUCAGGCUGGGUUUUGAGGUUGGAUUUUGAGGCUGGGUUUCAGGCUGGGUUUUGAGGUUGAUUUUCAGGCUGGAUUUCAGGCUGGAUCUCAGGUUGGAUUUUGAGGCUGGAUUUCAGGCUGGGUUUUGAGGUUGGAUUUUCAGGCUGGGUUUUGAGGUUGGUUUUCAGGCUGGGCUUGCCCAUUUUCUCGGGUAUUUCGGGCACUUGGCUGUCAGCAGCAGCUGUUUGCAGGCUGUUUCACAGCCCCCAGGCUUAGUGGAAGGCAGAGCAUUUCCCUGAAGAAGCUGCUGAGAUUGCUCAUCCUGGCACUUACGAAUCACCUACAGAAGGCACCAGGGAGGAGCUCCGGGCUGAGCCAGGCACUGCUGCAAGGCUGAGCACCACAGCCCCUGGAUUCAAACAAAACCAGGGGAUGCUCAUUAGAAAUGUCCCACAAAUUGAGCAUUUGGGAUUUUCUGAACAAAUCUUUUUUCUACUUUACAGCAAAGUAAAGUAGAAAGUAGUAAGGCAGAAGAAAAGCAGAAAACCACGAAGAUCUGUACAUAACACCCCCGUAUUUCGGAGCUGGUAACAGGAAUUCCUCUCUCUCCAGGCACCAAAAUGCCAUUUCCUCGGAUCGUGCCCUCAGCACUGUGGUUGGUGCUGCACCUCACAGCAGGACCCUGCAGGAGGGGGGCACUGAGCGCCAGCAGAGCUGCCCGCGGCGCCACCGAGGUCUGUGACAAGGGCAACGUGACAGCCAGCCCCUGCUGCGCCAUCCCUGGCGGCACCAACGUCAGCCUGUCCUGCCAGCUGGCAGCCCCGUGGGGCUGGUGCUGGGCAGCGAUUUUCCUCAACGGCUCCGAGCAGAUCCGAGCCCGGGGGGGCUCCGUGAGCCAAACCCUCCUGCUCGCUGCCCACGGCACGCACCACUUCACCUGCAAGUGCAUCUGCAGGCACAGGACAAAACUCGUCUGUGGAAUCGACAUCCAGUGUGGGAGUCCUCCAGACGAGCCCAGGAAUGUGUCCUGCAUCCAGAAGGGGACACGGGGACAUCCCACCUGCAGCUGGCACAAAGGCAGGCUCACCUACCUGCACACUGCCUACGGGAUACAGCUCUCCAACGGGACCGAUGCCUUUUCCUUCCCAGAAGAAACUCCCAGCCAGGCAUUUGGCUCUGGGGCUCUGAGCAAGCUGGAUUUUGGCUCCAAUUACACCGUGGUGGUUUCUGCCUCCAAUCAAUUAGGAAAUGCCUCCUCCCAGCCACUCACCUUCACGCUGAUAGACAUAGUGAAGCCACACCCUCCCGACUUUUGGGUGGAAUUUGAUGAUUCCUCUGCCACCAGCUGCACCGUUUGGUGGCACCACGAAGCCCAGGCACGGCACUGCAGGCUGAGGUAUCGUCCCCUCGGCAGGCACAGCUGGAGCACGGUGGAGAGCUCCAGCAGGCAGAAAUAUCCCCUGCAGGGGCUGGAGCCCGACACGGCACACGAGUUCCAGGCCAGCUGCAGGCUGCUGCCCGGCCGAGGGCUGUGGAGCGACUGGAGCAGCAGCCAGGGCAGCACCCCAGCAGCAGUGCCAAGAGGAACCCUGGAUGUCUGGUACCGGCUGCAGGAGCUGGACUCGGGGCACCAGAACCUCUCCCUUUUCUGGAAGGCUCUGAGCAGGUCGGAGGCAGGAGGGAGAAUCCUGGGCUACACCGUGACCUUGGAAGCCCUGGAGCAGGGGGAGCUCCCGGCGCAAUCCCAAUCCCACCGGACCACCCGGACCAGCUUGUCCAGGGUGACCCCCAGGGCGGCCCACAGGGUGACGGUGACGGCGCACAGCCCGCGGGGCAGCUCGGUCCCUGCGGCCGUCCUGACGCUCCCGGGCAGCCCAGAUCUGCCCCCUCCCCAGCGGGUCUCUGCCGCGGGGCUGGGGAACAGCAGCAUCCUGGUGAGCUGGAGCCCCCCUGCUGCACCCGCCCUGCCCGUCGGGGGCUACCUGGUGGAGUGGGCAGAGCCCUGGAGGGAGCCACACCUGCAGCCCCAGCACAGCUGGGUGAAGCUGCCCCCGUCCCGCCUGGCCGCUGUGAUAGCAGAGCACAUCAGAGAUAACGUCUGCUAUCAGAUCCACGUGUCUGCACUUUAUCAGGACAGAGCUGGGCAGGCAGCUGCAGUCAGGGGAAACUCCACAGCUCAAGCCCCAGCAGCUGGGCCCCAGAUGUUCACAACCCCCUGGGCCAGCGGUGUCCUGGUUUCCUGGGAGGAGAUCCCAGCCCCCCAGCAGAGGGGCUGCAUCACUGGGUACCACAUCUACCUGCACAGGAAGGAUGGGCAGGGCCAGCCCGAGGUCCAUGCCGUUCCCGCCGGGAAGGCUCCUCGCUCCCUGCACCUGCCUCACCUGGAGCCCGGCGAGCACCACGAGCUCUGGAUGACAGCGGCGACCGCGGCCGGGGAGGGGCCCCGGGGCAACAGCGACAGCGUCUGCCUGGAGAGUGCUGGGGGCUGGGUCACUCUGGUGCUCCUCUGCAGCUUCUUCGUCCUCUCAGCCUGCCUUUGUUCUGUGCCUCCAGCAAGGAGAGUGUUCCAGUGGCUCCUGUCCCUCCUCCUGCCCCAGUGGCAGAGCAAAGCCAUUCCCGACCCUGCCAACGCCACGUGGGCCAAGAGCUUAGCGGCUGCCAAGGCCGAGCUGAGCGCUCCCUCCAGCCCCUUCCUGCCCGGCGGCUUCGAGGAGCCCGAGACGAGCCCGGUGGAGGAAAGCCCGGCUCAGCCCGAGCCCCCCAAGCCCGGGGACGAGCUGGUGGUGGGCAGCGCCGGCAGCAGGGGGCACGGCCACUGGGCUCGGGAGAGCUCGGCGGAGGAGCCGGAGCUGUACCGGAGGCUGGUGGUGGAGGCGAUGGAGCCCCCGGAGCCCGUGGCCGAGUACAUCUCCAGCCCCGGCACCCUGGCCCCGGAGCCUGCCCCCGAGCCCGAGCCCAGCCCCCUCUCCGUGUUCCCGAGCGCGUUCCUGCCUCCCGCCCUCUGCUGCCAAGGGAAUCUGACUUUGGAUCGAGUGAAGCUCAGCGGCAGCUCCUUCCCGAGGUAGGCAGGGGGCGAUGUCAGCCCGGCAAGAAUUGUGGCACUUUACAGAGCAUGUCGGUGUGUUUCGAUGGGAGCUCAGCCUGGAUCUUGGCACUUUACAGAGCAUUUCGGUGUUCCAAUGUGAGCUCAGCCUGGAUCUUGGCACUUUACAGAGCAUUUCGGUGUUCCAAUGUGAGCUCAGCCUGGAUCUUGGCACUUUACAGAGCAUUUCAGUGUGUUUUGAUGUGAGCUCAGCCUGGAUCUUGGCACUUUACAGAGCAUUUUGGUGUUCCAAUGUGAGCUCAGCCUGGAUCUUGGCACUUUACAGCAUUUCAGUGUGUUUUGAUGUGAGCCCAGCCUGGAUUUUAGCAUUUACGAAAUAUUUCAGUGUUUCAGCCAGUCCAGUCCCUCACAUGUGACACCUCCAAGUGACAAAAGCCUUCCCCAGCUACACCUCGCCGUAGGACACGGCUGCUCCUCUGCAAUCAGAGGCACACUGGGGAUGCCAGAGCUGGAUUUUGGGGAUUUGGGGAGCCCUCCCUGCAGCCUGGGCUGCCUCAAGCCCUGUCCCACGGCCCAGCCCAGGAUCAGAGCUGGAAAUCACCAUUUGCACCAGAAAGAGCAAGGAACUGCAAAAGGGAAGGAUGGAACAGCUCAGCACCUCUUGCUCCUCUCCCCUGGCACCAAGUCAGAGUCCCCAGUGUCACCAGAGCCACGGGGGACACAGCACCAGAGCCAGGCCCCCUCCUUGCCUCAGGUCAGGGCAGGAAAAUUCCUCACCAGAGCUAGAAGCAGCAGGCAGCAUCUGUACUCAGUCAAAUGGAUUGUCAAGAGGAAUUUAAGUGAUUUAUUGGAGUGUUCUAAUUACAGGCUGCAAGGGUGUUACACAUUUAAUGACUUUGUUUACCAGAUGUGUGUAUAUAAAUAAAAUGUUGGAAAUCUGAACUUGGUUUCCUGUUGUUUUCUCUGGUCAAGCUCCAGCUUUACGCAGAACAAUUAAAAAUUAAAAAUAAAGCUGAAACAUUGCAGUUAGAGAUGGAGCAGUCCAGGUAUGAACUUACCUGGAGCAUCCUCUGCAUCCCCAAGCAGGGACACGAGCUGCUGCUGCUGCCACCAUUCCAUUCGAGUGCAGAUUUGGGCAUUGCCAAAUACCAGCUCAGCCACUGCACUUUGGGCUUCUGAGCUCUGGUCCCACCUGUGUCACCUGGCUGGGUGACAUCAAGGAAAACAUCUCCCUCAGAACUGGGUCAGACAUCCAAAAAACCAGAACCUGCUCUCCACCUGCUGCCUGGGAACCACCCUGGCAAGAGGAUUCUGUCUGAGCAGCACAACUCAGCCCCUCCAGUCAGCUCUGCAAACCAGACUGAGCUAGAAAGGCAGAUUAAAUGUCAAAAAAGGUGUUUUUCUUUUUUUUUAAAUAAAGCACUGUUUUGCCAUUCAUCUUUUUCUGCAUGCUGAUUUUUUACUUCACCCUGAGGAUAAGAGAACAUUUGAAUUCAUUUUGUCCUCACACAGCAAAUCUCCAAAUCUAUCAAAAUGUUUCAUGUCCAGCCUCACUCCAAGAGUUCUGUAACUCCAGCCUGGAGGUCUGCCAGUGCUGUCCCAGGAGGUGAUUUCCCCCUCAGGACACCCUUUCCAGCAGGAACACCAGGUUUGGCUGUGCUGGGGACACCCCAGUGGAGCCUGGCCGAGGCAGAGCAGCCCAGAGUGCCCAAGGCAGGGAGCCUGGCGCUUGGAAUGGCCCUGGGGAAGCAGCAGGCUGGCACAGCUGCCAGUGGCACAGCUGGAAGUGGCACAGCUGGAAGUGAGGGCUGGGUUUACCAAACCAGAGCUCUGUCUGUGCAAAGCCAUCCCUGUGGGCACAGCUACAGGUGGGGUGGGCUCAGCUCCUCCAACUGCUGCCAGCACACAUUCCCAGUGACUCCUGACAUUCCAGGAGAAUCCGUGUCCCUUCCCACACAGCUCACUCGUGGAACUGACCAAUCACUGCCUCCUGCUCCCUCCCAGCAUUCCAGCUCCAAGGAAAUUCCCCUGCUCACACCUUGCCCUCGCUCACUCCCAAAGCCAAUCUGCUCCUCACCUCCAACCUUCUCUGCUCUAUUUCCACAGGAUCAGAAUUUAAAAGCUGCAGUCCCCUAGCUCUGGUGUGACAGCAGGAGCAAGAGGACAGAAAAUGUUAAUAAAAGCAAGUUCAUUAAUCAUAAAUAACCUACUUGGGAGAUGCUUUUCCAAGGCCAAAUUCAUCCUGGGAAUGGGAAUGCAAGCUGGACUUCCUGGGACAGACCCUGGCUGAGCCACUAUGAACCUCAGUGGUUUCAUUUCCAUGUGGUUUUCAGGACAUUUUUUUUAAAAGAGCAUGAAAAUAAACCUUUAUUUCAGUUAACACCCACCAAUAUUAAAGAUAAAUGUUCACAGUUUUAGUUCUUGACACAAAUGGGCUGAAAGAGGCGAAUUUACAUCUGGCAGAACAGCAGAAGGACCAAUUUUAAGUUACAAGCUGUGUUGAAAAUCACUCUAGGUGCCGUUUGGGAAUGCUGUAGAGCAGGAAAAGGGAAAAUCCGGCCAGCAAAAUCACCUGGGUGGCAACUGGAACAGCAGUUUGGAUCAGGGGAGGGCUGUGCUCCAGGGAAAGCUUUGCUCCACGUGCUUGGGUGUUACCCAGGGUGUCCCCAAGGCUGGAAGUGCAGCACAUCCCACAGGACAAUGGGAGAGGGAAAAGGAACAGCCCUGCUCCAACAGCCCCACACUGAGAGCAGGGGCAGGAAAGCUGAACCAAGAGAUUUUCCACCCUCUGAUGGAAAAUCUGCCUGCUCCUCCUGCCUGGGGCUGGAAAUGCAGGUGAGGGAACUGAUCCGUGGUACUCACAGUGGGUCACAACAGGAGCUCUCGUGGAAAACAGCUCAGGAAAAGCAAAGGCAGCUGCUAACACCCCAGCUGAGCAGGCUGGUAUUCCACACUCCAAGGGCUCCAACACUUCCUGCCUGUCCUGCAGUGUUUUUACAAAAAUAGGGGGUUACCUUUAGUUUCCUACCUACCUACAAAACUACCAAUAUGCUCUAAGCUGAGGAAAGAGGUAAACAUGAAAUAAAAUUUGAGAGAUUUGUUCCUAUCCUCCUAGCAAAUGCUGAUAAAACCCCUACAAAAUCCUCUAUCAGGCAUUCACUCGAUUAUUUUGGUGUACUGAAGGGGUACUUGGGGAAGACAUUGAACCUAUGGUGGAUUUUGAGGGAGGAGAAGGAAUUUCUUACAAUCACCCUCUGGAAAAACCAUUCCUUGGUGAAGUCCCAAGCAGAUCCCGAGCACAGCACUGAGCCAGAGCUGCAUUUGGAUGGAGAGCUGAGGCGCUGAGGUUUUGGGGUGGAUUUUUGGUGCGCCGUGCCCAGUCUGCCACUGUCCCAGACCAAAGCCACGGGCCACAGCUCCCUCCUGAGCCAGCCCAGCUCCCUCCUGGGAACGGCUGGAGCAGCGCUGGGAAUGCCUCAGGUACUGCUGCACCUGGGUGGCAAUCCCACCCCCCGCCUGGGACCCACCUGGGCUUCCAGAGCCACAGCCGCCACCUUCCCCCAAUCCCAGCUCCAACAAUUCCCCCAAACCCCUGCAAUCCCAGCUCCAAGGACAGGAAAUUCCCCCCUUCUCAUGGAAUCCCAGCUCCAAGGAGAGGAAUUCCCCCAUUCUCAUGGAAUCCCAGCUCCAAGGAGAGGAAUUCCCUCUAUUUCAGGGUAUCCCAGCUCCAACAACAGGAAUUUCCCCAAAUCUCAGGGUAUCCUCUCAAACAAAAAGCAAAGGUAAUUAAAAAACUUUUUCUUUUUUUUUUUUUUUUUUUUUUUUUUUGCCAAAAAAGCAUCUUGUUCUGUUGAAGGGAAGGAAGAGGAAAUAAAGGUCCAAAGGGGGAGUGCAAGGUGGGAUACAGGAAUUUUAAAAACCUGGUUUUCAGACCAGUUACCCAUUGCUGGAUCCAUACACAGGUAUUGAAUCAUAAACCAAUGUGCUUUCAACCUUGAUUUCAAGUAUCUGCUUUCAGUUCUCUAGAAAGGUUUUGUGUAAACAAACUACCCAACAGAGAUGAAAAAAUGACUGGUUUUCCAUGUUGGAAGUGAAGCAUUAAAACUUAAGUACUCCAGGAGUUCAUUCCAUGCAGCACUAGCAGUCUGCCAAAUUAAUAUUCCACAGAUUCCAUGGGCUGAGAAAAAUCUGCCAAAGAGGAAUUAAGGAAACUGAAGUAGUGUGCAAUAAUUAAAACCUAGUUUGGGGUUUGGUGGGGGGAAGGGGGAAGAGGGAAAAGUCUAAAAUCCUGACUUUAAAUUUAAAAAAAAAAAAGAACACAAAUGAAGGGAAAGCUUUUAACUGGUACACACUGUUCACACCUAUAUUUCAAGUUUGGAAACGCAUAUUUUCAAGCAGCAAUACAAAAAA